CGGGUGUUGUGUCGCACCAAGAUGGCGUUGAAGGACGGAAUGCUGCGAGCCGUGCUGGAAGCAGAGGACGCCAGUACUUCCAACGAGGACGUGGUGUAUAAGCAGUAUAUCCUGGAAGCACGGCGAGAUCGUGAACGAGCUCAAGCGAUUGCCAGAGCAGAACAUCUGACAAGGAGUGUCGAGGGCGCGUUUGAGAGAUCGGUUGCGGAAUCGACGGCGCAAUACGAGCGCGAGUGUGCGCAGUUGAAACAGUCCAUGGUGGACGACAUUCUGGCGGAGCUGAAACUACUCCGAGACAACCGCGACGGUGUGAGUUUGGUGCGAAAGGGAAUGGCACGAUCUGCGCGGUCCAGCCGUGCAAAUGUGUCGUACACCGACGGCGCAGAUGGCCCAGCCUCGUCAUCUCCUAACUCCGCCACCGAACAGACACCGACGGCGUUCACUUCAUCCACCGCGCAGAUUCCAUUGUCAUCCACGAAGCAAAAGCUUGUCGCCAAGUCCCUUCGCUCGAACUCCGCCUCCAUUCCAGGCAUUGUUGCGCCGGUCCCGGACGCCGUCGCACAAGAUGACGCCCACGAAAUCCUCGGCAUUGUUGCGUCCUUCAAACAAAAGCUCUCGAGAACAAGUGGUGACGACAGCAGCGGCACCCUCCCAUGCGUAUGCUGAUAAUGCAUCCCAUUCCAUUUGUUGUCCGAA